UCAGGGCUGACGUUUCGGUUCAGGCUGAGGCUGGCACCCUCACUAGGAGUUAAAGGACAGAACGUGCAAUCAGAAUCACUCUAUCCUACCUUCGAUCCCAUCGACUUGCCAGCCGGGACAAUGCGGACCAUCUCAGCCUUCGGCGUCCUCUCCCUGCUCCCUAUCUCAUCUAUUCGGGCUGUGCCCGUAUGCCCGGGGGCACCGGCUGCCGUCGCCACGACUUGGUACACGGGCUGGCAUGCUCAGUAUCUCCCUCUGGAGGAUAUCAGCUGGGACAAGUGGAGUUCAGUAUCCUAUGCCUUCGCGGAAACGACACCAGAUCCAUCGGUGAUCUCUCUGCAGGACUCAGAUGCAGAACUCUUAACAAGGCUGGUCGAUAUGGCUCAUCAGAAUAAUGUCUCUGCUCUUCUGACCGUCGGAGGCUGGACUGGUUCCCGAUACUUUUCGACUGCAGUAGGGUCCCCCGAGAAUCGUACCAUGUUUGCCAAUGCUCUGCUGGGUCUAGUUAAGCAAUACGAUCUCAACGGGAUCGACCUGGACUGGGAAUAUCCAAAUAAGCAAGGCAUGGGAUGUAACAUCAUCUCUGAGCAGGAUACACCCAACUUCCUCGCAUUCCUUCAAGAGCUUCGCUCUUCUCCCGCAGGCCAGGGUAUGACCGUCUCGACCGCCACCUCAAUCGUACCUUUCGCCUCGCCCGAUGGCACUCCUGCUGCCGACGUCUCUUCCUUCGCCAAUGUUCUCGACUAUGUGACGCUCAUGAACUACGACGUCUGGGGCACCUGGUCACCUGCCGUGGGCCCGAACUCGCCUCUCGACGACACCUGCGCUCCGCCGCAAUAUCAGCAAGGUUCUGCGGUCUCUGCAGUUGCGGCAUGGACGAAAGCAGGCUUCCCUGCCGACAAGAUUGUCAUAGGCGUGGCAUCAUACGGACACAGCUACUACGUUACCCCAGAUAACGCGUUCAACGGUGCGUCGAGCGCGGGCGAGGCUCAGCCCGCUGGAACGACAUCUAUUGCCGCCUACCCAUCCUUCGAUAAGUCACAACAGCCAUUUGGAGACUCCUGGGACGAAGACUCUCCCGCGGGCACCGACGUCUGCGGUAACCCCGCAGCAGGUGGUCCAUCUGGCAUCUUCAACUUCCGAGGCUUGGUUGAGAAGGGCUACCUCGAUUCGAAUGGCACGAUUGUCCCUGGCAUGGGAUAUCGAUACGACACCUGCAGCCAAACGCCCUACCUGUACGACCCCAAGUUGUCAACCAUGGUCUCAUACGAUGACGCCCAAUCGUUUGCUGCCAAGGGACGCUUUAUUCAGCAGACCGGCCUGCUGGGGUUCGCUAUGUGGGAAGCUGUCGGGGAUUACGAGGACGUGCUCUUGGACGCGAUCUCAGGCGGCAUGGGAAUUGGCGAGGAUUCCUGUCAGGGUGUCAUGUCCUUGGGACUGCCGCUUUAGUAGUCUCGUGCCGACCUCCUAUCGGCUGGAUAGCCGGCCCUGACAUGUCCAUGCGCUCCUCGACCAUGUGUGUGAUACCACUAUACACCUAUAUUGACAUGCUUAGUUCUGCCGGAGUUGACUGACACUAGGAAAGCAUUG